AUGGCAACAGGAGUAGCAGCAUGGCUCCCUUUUGCUAGGGCAGCAGCCAUUGGCUGGAUGCCUGUUGCCAACUGCCCCAUGCCUGUUGCCCCGAUAGACAACAGUAAGAGACAGGACGAGCUGAUCAUCCUUAAUGUCAGCGGUCGUCGUUUUCAGACCUGGAGGACCACUCUGGAUCGCUACCCAGACACCCUGCUGGGCAGCUCUGAAAAAGACUUCUUUUACAAUGAAGAAACCAAGGAGUACUUCUUUGACCGGGACCCUGAUGCCUUCAGAAGCAUCCUCAACUUCUACCGGACAGGGAAGCUCCACUACCCCCGUCACGAGUGCAUCUCAGCCUACGACGAGGAGCUCACCUUCUUUGGCAUCAUCCCUGAGAUCAUCGGUGACUGCUGCUACGAAGAGUACAAGGACCGAAAGAGGGAGAAUUUAGAGCGGCUGCAGGAUGAUCAGGAGGAGAACAAGGACCUGAAGCUGCCCAACAUGAAUUUCAGGGAGACCAUGUGGCGAGCCUUUGAGAACCCCCACACCUCCACCAUGGCCCUAGUCUUCUACUAUGUCACUGGUUUCUUCAUUGCCAUCUCAGUCAUCACUAAUGUGGUGGAGACGGUGCCAUGUGGUUCGACUACCAACCAGAAAGACAUGCCAUGUGGUGAACGUUAUACUGUGGCGUUCUUUUGCAUGGACACUGCCUGUGUCAUGAUAUUCACGGUGGAGUACCUGUUGCGCUUGUUCGCCGCGCCUAGCCGUUACCGUUUCAUGCGCUCAGUGAUGAGCAUCAUCGACGUGGUGGCCAUCUUGCCGUACUACAUCGGCCUGGUGAUGACCAACAACGAGGACGUGAGCGGCGCCUUUGUGACGCUGCGUGUGUUUCGAGUGUUUCGUAUCUUCAAGUUCUCCCGUCACUCACAGGGCCUUCGGAUCCUGGGUUAUACUCUAAAGAGCUGUGCUUCAGAGCUGGGCUUCCUCCUCUUCUCCCUCACCAUGGCCAUCAUCAUCUUCGCCACGGUCAUGUUCUACGCAGAGAAGGGCUCCAGCUCCAGCAAGUUCACCAGCAUCCCAGCUUCUUUCUGGUACACCAUUGUCACCAUGACGACGCUGGGGUACGGAGACAUGGUGCCAAAGACGAUCGCUGGAAAGAUCUUCGGCUCCAUCUGCUCCCUGAGUGGUGUGCUGGUGAUCGCCCUGCCCGUCCCCGUCAUUGUCUCCAACUUCAGCCGCAUUUACCACCAGAACCAGAGGGCAGACAAACGCCGCGCUCAGAAGAAAGCCAGACUCGCCAGGAUAAGAAUAGCCAAGUCCGGCAGCGCCAAUGCCUUCCUCCAGAGCAAACGCAACGGACUGCUCAACGAACUGCUGGAGCUGACGGGUACAGAGGAGGAUGAGCAGAAGCUGACCAAGUCCACUUCUCUGUUAGAGAGUCAACACCACCACCUACUGCACUGUCUGGAGAAAACCACUUCUGUCUUUUAUUUACUCAUCAUUUUCCUCUCUUCUUCCUUAUUCCCUCCUGGUUUUUACUGCAUCUAUUCCCCUAUUUCUUCUCUCCAGGCUCACGAGUUUGUGGACGAGCAGCUGUACGAGCAGAACUGUUUAGAAACAGCGCUGCAGACCUACCCCUCACGCAGCCCCUCUAUAUCCAGCCACGACAGCUCCCUGGGUACCUGCUGUGGCCGCAGGGUAAAGAGAAACACUCCUCUGCCCAAUGCCAGCACGCCCUCUGUCCAUCCCAUCCCAGCACACCAGGGCCCUCUGCAGGAGCUCAGUGCCAUCCACAUACAGUGUAGUGACCCACCAUCACACACCGCCAGUCGUUCAAAUCUCAACCUGAAAACCGAUGACAGCAGCAGGAUCAACUGCAAAGGUGGCCGAAUCACCACAGCCAUCAUCAGCCUCCCGACGCCCCCCGCUCUGACCCCUGACGGCGAUGGCCUCCACGGGCCUCCGCAGAGGAGGCCGCCUCCACCCCCAGGUCACCCUCCAGCCCCGAGCAUCCAGACCACAACAAGCUCAGCCGGCACCAACAUCGUCAAAGUCUCUGCUCUGUGA